CUAACCCCUUCCCGAUGGACCCCACCACCACUUUCACUCCUCAACUUACCCAUUACAUUCCCCCCUUAAAUUUACCCCCACUUUUUACACUCCCUCUGCAACUCCCCACCCUCUCACAACCAUGGAAACCCCCUCCCUCCCCAUCCUCUUCCUCCUCCUCCUCCUCCUCGCUUCCGCAGAUGCCGGUUCCGUCGGCGUCAACUACGGACGCAUCGCCAACAACCUCCCCUCCGCCGUCAAGGCGGUGGCGCUCCUCCAGUCUCAGGGUCUGACCCGGGUCAAGAUCUACGACGCCGACCCCUCCGUCCUCCGCGCUUUGUCCGGCUCCGGCAUCAAAGUCACCGUCAACCUCCCCAACGAGCAGCUCUACAAUGCCGCGGAACGGGAGUGGUUUGCCCGCGACUGGGUCCGCCGGAACGUCGCCGCCUACCACCCACGUACCCGGAUUGAGGCCAUCGCCGUCGGGAAUGAGGUGUUCGUUGACCCGCAUAACACGUCCCGGUUUCUCGUCCCCGCCAUGGAAAACAUCCAAGAGGCCCUCGUGAAGUUCGAUCUCCACCGCGAUGUCAAGGUCUCCUCCCCCAUUGCUCUCAGCGCGUUGCAGAACUCAUACCCUGCUUCCGCCGGCUCUUUCCGACCCGAAUUCGUCGGACCCGUGUUGAGACCCAUGCUCCAGUUCCUCCGCCGGACCGGCUCCUUCCUCAUGGUGAAUUGCUACCCCUUCUUCGCUUACGAGUCGAAUUCCGACGUCAUCCCGCUCGAUUACGCGCUCUUCCGGGAGAAUCCCGGCGUGGUGGAUGCCGGGAACGGCCUCCGUUACUUCAACCUGUUCGACGCCCAGAUCGACGCCGUCUACGCGGCGUUGUCGGCCCUGAAGUUUGACGACAUCAGACUGGUGGUGUCGGAGACCGGGUGGCCGUCGAAAGGAGAUCCCACCGAGCUCGGAGCGAGCGUGGACAACGCCGCCGCCUACAACGGCAACUUAGUCCGUCGCGUCCUUGCCGGCGGCGGAACCCCGCUCAGACCCAAGGAGGAGCUCACCGUCUACCUCUUCGCCCUGUUCAACGAGAACAAGAAGUUCGGCCCGACGUCGGAGAGGAACUUCGGGCUCUUCUACCCCGACGAGACAGAAGUCUACCGAAUCCCCUUCACGGCGGAGGCACUUAAGACCUACCGGGAAAUCCGGCCGCCGGUGACCGGAAAUCACUGGGUUUCAAAGAGGGGGCAGGGGAGUGCUACGGGACAGACGUGGUGCGUGGCGAACGCGGAGGCGGGGAAAGAUAGGCUGCAGGCGGGUCUAGACUACGCUUGCGGUGAGGGCGGGGCGGACUGCCGUUCGAUCCAGCCGGGAUCCACGUGUUACGAUCCGGACACGCUUGAGGCCCACGCCUCGUUCGCUUUCAACAGUUAUUACCAAAGGAAGGGGCGAGUGGGCGGCACGUGCUAUUUCGGUGGUGCGGCCUACGUGGUCAUGCAGCAACCUAAAUUUGGGAAAUGCGAAUUGCCCACUGAGGAUUGAGCCAUUGGAUUUGAAUGAAGAUUGUACCGACCGAUUAACUAAGAAUGGCAAAAGGCAAAACAAAAAAGGGGGUUUUGUUGAAUUUGAUAUUGUCUUCAAAUUCAUUUUUGCGAUUAGUAAGUACUAAGCACUUAAAUUAGUACGCAGUUCUAAUUAGUUUGCUUGCUUGUAAUCUUUGCUCUUUUUUAUCCCUCCCCCAUAAACAUAGAUUAAUAGU